AUGCAUUCACUACAGUCUUUUCUCUUCCUGCUGCUCCUUGGCUACGGCGUGUUCGCGGCACCAACGUCGCCACAAGCUCAAUCUCAGGGCAGGUCCUUCAAGGUUGAGCGGAUCAAGCGUGGAAACUCCAUUCACGGUCCGACUGCUCUACGCAGAGCCUAUCGGAAGUUUGGUAUAGUUCCUACGACCUUUGGCGUCGAUCUGUCGGACUUUGUGCCUUUCAACACGACAUCUAUCUCAGGCACAGCUGCCAAUCUCGUAACCGAUGUCCAGGAGCCAGAGCAGACCGGUGCAGUCAGUGCGCAAUCUGUCCAGAACGAUGCGGCUUUCGUCAGCCCUGUGACGAUCGGUGGGCAGAAAAUAGUGAUGAACUUCGACACCGGCUCAGCAGACUUCUGGGUGAUGAACACAGAGCUUCCGGCGAGUGCCCAGGUCGGCCACACUGUCUUCGAUCCUUCCAAGUCGUCCACUUUCAAGAAGAUGGAAGGAGCUACUUUUGAGAUCAAAUACGGCGAUUCGUCUUUCGCCAAUGGUGGCGUCGGAACUGAUACCGUUGAUAUUGGUGGCGCAACCGUUACCGGUCAAGCGAUCGGUAUCCCGACGAGCGUCUCCAAUUCCUUUGUGGAAGAUACGUACUCAAACGGUCUCGUAGGCCUGGGCUUUUCUUCCCUCAAUACAGUCCAGCCUCAGCAGCAGAAGACGUUCUUCGACAACAUCGCCGACAGUCUGGACAAGCCAGUCAUGACGGCGCAUUUGAAGAGCGAUGGUGUUGGCGAGUACGAGUUCGGAAUCAUUGAUCAAACCAAGUACCAAGGCGACAUGAUCAACGUGACCGUGGACUCCUCGGGCGGUUUCUGGCAGUUCCAGUCGGCCCAUUACAAGGUCGGAGAUGGUCCUAUCCAGACCAUCCAGAAUAAUGCUGUUGCCAUUGCUGAUACCGGUACCUCAUUGAUGCUUCUCGAUGACACAGUGGUAAAUGCCUACUACGCGCAGGUCAAGGGCGCGCAGUAUGCCAGCAGUGCCGGCGGCUACAUCUAUCCCUGUAAUACCGAACUGCCGAAUCUCGCGGUCGCUGUUGGCGCAAAGCACUUGGCGACGGUACCUGGUACGUUCCUGGAUUUUGCAGAGGUCGGAAUUAACAAAACGACGGGACAAACUGUAUGUUUCGGUGGUAUCCAGUCCAACCAGGGCACUUCAAUGCAAAUCCUUGGUGAUGUCUUCCUCAAGGCCUUUUUCGUUGUCUUUGACCUGCGCGGCCCAUCUAUUGGACUUGCCUCGCCCAAGUAG